AUGAACGGAACAGAGGGUUUAGGCAAAUUGACAGAGGAGUCUUUGAAAAGGAAAGAAAAACUAAGGCAACUCAGAGAAAAAGCUAAGAGAUUGGAACAAAAAAACACCACUGGAGAAGAAGAAGGUCAAUUGGCGAGGCCGGUAUUCAGAAGUUAUAGACCACAAAAUGAAAACACAUUGGGUGAAAUUAUUCCACAAGAGCCAUCUGGCGACAUUGAAGAAGCUGUUGGGGAACAAUUGAGUUUACUUAAGAGUAAUGUUGUUGUAGAGGACAUCGAUAUUGACAAUUUAGCUCCACGUAAACCUGAUUGGGAUCUAAAACGCGAUGUUGCAAAAAAGUUGGAACGCUUAGAUCGCAGGACUCAAAAGGCAAUAGCAGAGUUAAUAAGAGAACGACUAAAAAAUAACCAGGAUGGUCAAGAUAUUUUCCAAGCUGUAAAUGUGGCCACCGCUCAUGCAGGGAGUACAAAUAUUUAA